GGAAGGCGAAGCGGAGGGAACCAUAGAGAGACAAAAAAAUGGAGACGCCGGGAAGGGAAGAAUUAGAUCUUGAAGUAAUGAAGCCUUUAAUAGAACAGCUGGACUCAGACAGUGAUGACGAGUAUGAGAAUCAGUUGCUGCCAGCAGAGAAGAAGUAUCAGCUUGAUGAUGAAGAGGGGAUUACAUUUGUACAGACACUCACCCAUCUCCUGAAGGGGAACAUUGGGACAGGACUUCUAGGACUCCCACUUGCAAUAAAAAAUGCAGGCAUUGUUCUUGGGCCCAUCAGUCUUGUGUUUAUUGGAAUCGUGUCCAUUCACUGUAUGCACAUUUUGGUGCAAUGCAGCCAGUACCUUUCUCACAGGUUGAAGAAGACAUCCUUAGGAUACAGUGACACAGUCAGCCAUGCGAUGGAAGUAGGUCCUUUUAAUGCACUACAGAAACGAGCAUCUUGGGGAAGGUGUGCCGUUGACUUCUUCCUUGUGAUUACCCAGUUGGGCUUUUGUAGCGUUUAUAUUGUGUUCUUGGCAGAAAAUGUGAAGCAAAUUCAUGAAGGGUAUAUAGAAAAUUCCUAUGGCGGUCUAAAUAUCACAGGAACUCCAGGCUGCCCGCACAAAACCGCCAUGGACCUGCGAGUGUAUAUGCUGUUCUUUCUUCCAUUCAUCAUCCUUUUGGUUUUCAUUCGUGACCUGAAGAGUCUGUCAGUAUUCUCAUUCCUUGCAAACUUGUCCAUGGCUGUCAGCCUAGUGUUAAUUUAUCAAUAUAUUGUUCAGGGUUUGUCCCCUCUUCGAAAACUACCCCUGGUGGCUGACUGGAAGAAAUAUCCUCUCUUCUUUGGCACUGCUAUAUUUGCUUUUGAAGGCAUAGGAGUGGUCCUCCCCCUCCAAAACAGGAUGAAAGAAACGGAACGCUUCCCGCUGGCACUCAACGUUGGCAUGGGAAUUGUGAUGACCUUGUAUAUUACAUUGGCCACCUUGGGGUAUAUGCGCUUCGGGGAGGAAAUCAAAGGCAGCAUCACUCUGAACCUGCCACAGAAUCAAUGGCUGUAUCAGCUGGUCAAGAUUCUUUAUUCCUUUGGGAUUUUUGUGACCUAUUCCAUUCAGUUCUACGUUCCAGCUGAGAUCAUCAUUCCGUGUAUUGUCUCUAGAGUGCAGCAGAAGCUGAAACUGGUCUGUGAGUUGGUGGUGAGGGCACUCUUGGUCUGUUCAACCU